AUGGCUUCUUUGGGGGCCAAGAUUCGGUUUUUGAUUACUGCUGGUGUCGGUUUCUUUGCCGAUGGAUAUCUUAACUUGACAAUUGGACUCGUGGUUCCGGUUCUGGGAUACCUCUACUACCAAGACGGCAAGGUCCCGGCCGUCUCCAGUGAUAUUAUAAAAGGUGGCCUCAGUCUAGGAAUGGUCGUUGGCCAGCUUGUCUUUGGUGUACUCAGUGAUGUCUGGGGUCGCCAUAAUAUCUACGGAAAAGAACUGCUCCUCACAAUAUUCGGGACCCUGAUGGUCAUCCUAUUACCCUGGAAAGGAAUGAGUACACACUCUGUGACUGCAUGGGUAGCAGUAUUCCGAGUCGUGACAGGUGUAGGAAUUGGUGCCGACUAUCCCCUUUCAUCAUCUCUAUCCGCAGAAAAGUCGCCCUUUGGUUCCCGAGCCAUACAGGUGCUGGCCGUGUUCGCGAAUAUUGGCCUUGGAAACAUUGCUGCCGGGGUGGUCUUUCUCAUUUUGCUCAAAGCAUUCGAGGGUUCUAUUGCAGAUAAUCAGAACCAUCUGGAAUGGGUCUGGCGACUCUUGCUAGGCAUCGGUAUCGUCCCGGCUGCUUUUACCCUCUACGCGCGAUUGACCAUCACGGAGACUCAGCCCUACAAGCAAUACGUGUGCGAUGAGUCGAAUGGACAGAAGCGAGGAUUCACCAAACAAUGGAAAGACUUCCGCGAAUAUUUCAGCCAGUGGAGACACGCAAAGGUCCUCUUUGCAACGGCCGCUUCUUGGUUCCUUUUUGAUAUUGCCUACUACGGAAUCAACCUCAAUCAAAGCAUCAUCCUAGGUAGAAUUGGAUACGCCAAGGGUGCGACACCUUUUCAAACCCUGUACAACACCGCUGUCGGUAAUAUCAUAGUCCAAGCUGCGGGAUUUUGUCCAGGGUUCUACGUCGGCAUCUUCCUCCCCGACCGCAUUGGUCGCACUCGUCAACAACUUUACGCCUGCAUCGCUGUUUGUAUUCUCUAUGCGAUUUGGGCAGGUAUUAGCACGCCAAGUGCGCAUACAUCAACAGCUGGUCUCAUGGUUAUUUUCACCAUCUCUCAAUUCUUGCUUACCGUUGGACCGAAUUGUACGACAUUUCUCAUUCCGGCCGAGGUGUUCCCGACGCGUGUGCGUGGCACAGCACAUGGUAUCUCCGCUGCCGCGGGAAAAUGUGGUGCCAUUCUCACGUCGUUUGCCUUUGGAACUGUUGAAGACGCUAUUUCGCUGGAAGGUGUUCUGGGUUUGUUCUCAGGUGUCAUGCUGCUCACUGCUUUGGUCACAUUGUUAAUUCCUGAAAGUAAAGGCCUUUCGCUUGAAGCUAUUGAGAGAGGCGCACUUUAUGGUGAUAAUGAUCCCAUUGAGAAUGGCAUCGACGGAUCUGUUACUGGUAGUAUCACCCAUGUGCACGUUGGCGCUACUGGGAACGGAUCUAUGGAUAAAGUGAUUUAG